CAACAGUGCUAACUCCUCGUCUGCUCCGUGUAAUUCGUGUAAAAAGCUGAUAAAAAAGGGUAGUCGUGGUAUUUAUUGCGACGGAUUGUGUGACGGAUGGUAUCAUCCUACGUGUGUUAACAUCGAGGAUGAGUGCUAUGACAAAAUAACGGAGUUAUCAGACAUUGUUAAGUGGUACUGCAAUGCAUGUGCUGGGAAGGUGGACAAUGUGAUUGCCAGUGCUCCAAUUCUUGACGAACUUUUCAGUCUACGUGGUUGUGUAGAAAAGUUGGUAACUUCUGUGAGCGGCUUAUUGCAGGACAAUAUUAAUAUCAAUAAGUCAAUUAACGAUUUAUCGAUUACUAACAAAAGGUUAUGUGAACGUCUAGAAGUAGUGAAACCGGAUACUGACGAAGUCAAGUGUACUACGAUUUAUCCGAAAGAAACUGACCUGACCUCGGCAGUAGUUGCCAGUUCUCGGGUCCACCAGACGAAGCUGCAGACGAAAAAAGGCAAUAACCUCAAUCUCAAUCGUAAUCGUGGUGGUGACACGGAAUCUCAUACACUGAGUGAAACUAUCGACAUCAACAGUGAGUGUGAAGAUAUUAUUACUGACUAUGAAGAGCAAUUCCCUUCAAUUGAAACUUCAAAUAGUAAACUGGCUUGGAAAACUGUCCCUAGUAGGCAAGAUCGUAAACGCAAGAGUGUAAAAAAACGGCAGAGUGACCCUAUCAUCGGCACUAAAGUUGAUACUGGUGAUUCGCUAAAGAUCCGAAUCUUUGAGAAGAAGGAGUGGAUAUUUGUCUCCAGAUUCACUGAAGAAGUGAGCAAAGAAGACAUUCUGCAAUAUACAAGGAAAAGUGACAUUGAGGUAGACUGUGUGGAAUUGAAAACGAAACAUAGCUCAUACAGGUCGUUUAAGAUAGGUGUUAAACCUGAGGAUUUCACCAAGAUCUUGGACGGUGCUUUCUGGCCCCAAGGAACUCUAGUUCGGGAGUUUGUGGUUAAUCGGUUUAGGCCUAACUUUUUGAGGUCUCAGACUUUUUUACCGAGCAACCAAAUCAACCCAGCGAUAUCCUAGACACUGUCCCUAGUGACAUUGCCCUUAACCUGUGCUCGAUCAAUAUACAGUGCUUAAGGAAUAAAACUAUUGAGUUGGAAUUACUCUGUGCUGAUAAUAGUCUUGAUGUUUUGGUGGUGUCUGAACACUGGUUGGUGUCCGGAGAAGUUCAGUGUUACAGCAACAUUGGUGAACUCGGUCUUGCCUCUCAUUUUUGCAGGAAAAAUCCUAGUGGCGGUGUUGCCAUAUAUGUUAAGCCUGGUCUUAAGUGUACAGGUUUGGAUCUAAGCAACUACUGUGAAGAGUUUGAGGGUAUCAAUCUCUUCAACUCUCUACCAGAUCAAGUGAAAUCACUUCCAAAUUCAAAAUUUAAAAUCAUUCUGAAGAAGUGGCUAUUGGCAAACCCUUUUUAUAAGACAGAAGAAUUUUUUGUUGCUAUGAAGCAUGGCCCAUUUAUUUAUUGUACCUUAGAAUAGGAAUCUGAAAGCUGCUAUCUCCAAACCAAAUGUAAGGAUUCAUUGGCAAGAAAAUAUUCCACAUAUUUGGCUAGAAUCUUCAUUGUUUGUCUGCCAUCAAGGAAAAGAUUUUAAUGCCAAUAAGAAAAAGAAGUAUUCAGAAGAUCGGGAAUCAAAGGCUAAGAAUGAUCAUGUGUUUACUAGACACUACAAAAAAGUGCAAACAACAAAAAAACUGGAUUGUCAAGCUAGAAUUAAUGUCAAAAGAGUAGUACAAUUCAAAAAUCAUAAGUUGACUGGUGAUAUAACAGCAAGGAAAAAGCGAGCUGCCUCUGAGGCUUUAAAAAAGGGGAUCCUCGAUGAGACUUGUUUUGGAGAGGAGUGCUACAUUUAUAGCUUACCAAAACUAGAAGACCACAAUAACCAUUUAAUUGGGUUAAAUGUUGCAGUUAUUGAACCAAUUUCUAAGGAAAUAAGGAAAUUUAUUGCUGAACUAGUUGUUAAAGGAGAAAGAAAUCCUCAAGUGGUUGCAAAGCUGGCACAGGCCUUUGCAGAGAAUGACCUUAAAGAAAGAGACAGAUCUCGCCGAAAGUUUUUUCCUGACAUGGCAUCAAUUAGAAACUUAAUAUCGGCCACAAAGUUAAAAAUAAGAAGGAGCCCUGUUGAUCAAGAAAAUUGUUCCCAAAUGUUAGAGGAGUUUCAAAAAGACAGUUCUAAUCAAAUAUUUUUCAGACCGUGCACUGUUGCUGAAGAUGAGGAUGAAAACUCUAAUUUGUAUCUCGUAGAAACACCAGCAACUUCAAAACAUUUGCUGUUUGUUUUUCAAAACAAAAACAUGCAAUUCCUCUAUAGAAAAUAUGGCACAAACACAAUAUUAUUGGAUGCAACCUACCGCACUUGCAAAUAUGCGUUACCGCUAUAUUUUGUAGUGGUUGACACCAAUGUCAACUUUCAGGUUGUUGGUGUAAUUAUAACCCAAAUGGAAACAAAGGAGGCUAUCAGUGAAGGAUUGAGAAUUUUUCAGUCCUUCAAUCCGGAUAUAUGUCCUAAAUUUGGAAUGGUGGAUUUUGCAAUGGAGGAGAUUUUAAGCUUGGAGGAGGUAUUUUGUAACAUUCAAGUGUUCAUAUGCUCAUUCCAUCGCGAGCAGGCAUGGACUAGGUGGGUUUCCAAAUCAAAAAAUGCUCAAGUCCCAAGAAAACAAUGCUUAGAAAUGUUAAGGAAAGUAGCUUAUGCUGUAAGUGAAGAAGAAUUGAAUGAAGCCAUCAGCAAUUUAAAAGAAUGGGAACACUACAAAAACUCUCCUUUAAAAAACUAUUUUGAGAAAACUUGGCUUCCAGAAAUAAAACGCUGGGCGUUAUUUUUCAAACCUGUUGAAAUGUUUUUAAACUCCAACAAUGGUGUGGAAAGGAUUAAUAAGGAACUUAAGUAUGGAUUCCUAGAGGGUUUUAAAGGUUGUUCGCUUAGCGAAAUGAUUUCUGUCGUACUAACCAAGUUUUUACCAGAAAGGUUCCUAACAUAUGUCAGAGAGAAUAUAAAAAUGUCUACAUUGUCAAGGAAAUACACGGAUGAUCUCCCAAAUUUUCUUAAAGAGAGACCUAAAUGGUUUAUAGACCAUAUUUUAAGCAGAAUAAAUGCUGCAGAUAGUAUACCCAGCAGCACUGAGGUUAUUCAGAAAUCAUGCUGUGUUUAUGAAGUAAAAACAGUUGCAACAAGCUAUAGAGUAGCCUUUGAAUUGCCAGCUAAACAAGGUAGCUGUAGCUGUCCAGAUUUCAAGAAAGAAAGAUUGGUUUGCAAACACAUAAUUUAUGUUGGCAGAAAGUAUCCUGAAUGGAAUAUUGACUUUAUUCAAGAAUGGUUAUUUGACAACCCAAUUUUUUGUUUGGAUACUGAUGUUGGCAUUUGUACAUCAAUGACAGUUGAUGAACCUGCUACUGAAAUAGCUUCGACUUCCACUAUCCGCAGUGAAGAGAUAGUCGCCUAUGCUGAAUUACCUCGGAGGGGAUGUAAGAAACGCCAAAUGAUCAACAAGAUGAAUUCUACCUUGAGAUCAAUUCAAUCUGUCAUGUGGAACCUGGAUGAAGAUGGACUUCAAGAAGGCUGCGAUAUAUUGGAUGAAGCAUUAAAAGUUUUAACUGCUAAAGUUACAAGUGAUAAGGACAAUGGGUUGCCAAUGCCGCCUCAACAUUCAUCUAAAGACCGUUUAAACAUCACUACAAGCAACAACAACACUAAAAUUAGCAACAGGGAUAACUAUGGAAAGCUUGCCUUGCAUAGAAAAAGAGGACAGAAUUGUAGAGUGGGACUAGCAGCAGACCUACUCAAAGAAGCCAGUACACUGCCUAUUAUAGAAUUUCCAGAAGGUAGUGGGGCAAAGCGUCUGAAGCACGAAUAAUUUAUUUACUUUUAUAAU